GACACUUGCCUAGACGACAACAUAGCAUCUGCGAUCAUGGAUACCUCACGUCUUUUCCAGCCUAUGAAACUGGGCAAAGUGGAAGUGGCUCAUCGUAUUGGUUUAGCCCCGAUGAGUCGUUUCCGAGCAGACGACGAUCACAUACCCACGCCCUUGAUGAAAGAGUACUUUAGCCAAAGAACCGCUGUACCUGGUACCCUUCUCUUCACCGACGUCAAUCUCGUGUCUCCCGCUGCCGGAGCUGUCCCUAAUGCACCUGGAAUCUGGAACAAAGAGCAGAUUGCUGCAUGGAAGGAAAUAAUUGACGAGGUCCACCGGAAAGGCUGCUUCAUCUUCGGCCAAAUUGGAGCUUUUGGUCGUUUAGGAAAUCCAGAGAGUUUGGAGAAAGCCGGACACAAGCUCACUGCACCAAGCCCUAUCGCCAGAGAGGGAGCUCUAGUGCCACAGAGCAUGACGAUCGAAGAGAUCAAACAAAUGGUGCAAGACUUCGUCAAGGCUGCUCAAAACGCAAUCGAAGCUGGAUUUGAUGGCGUGGAGUUUGAUGGAGACAAUGGCCUUUUGAUAGAUCAAUUCACUCAGGACAUCAGCAAUCAACGGAACGAUGAGUACGGCGGCAGUAUUGAGAAUCGAAGCCGCUUCACUUAUGAGAUUGCAAAGGCCGUCGCCGACGCAAUUGGCCCUGAGCGUGUGGGCCACCGCAUCAGCCCUUGGAGCAGAUUCAACAGUAUGAGGAUGAAAGACCCGAUUCCGCAAUUCACGGAUGUGAUCAAUAAGUUGAGCAGCAUUGGUAUCGCCUACAUCCAUCUGAUUGAGCCUCGCAUUUGGGGAGAUGUGUUGGUUGAUACCAGCAUUGAAUCCCUUGAUUUCGCUUUCGAAGCUUGGAAAGGACCGAUUCUCAUUGCGGGAGGAUACACACCUGAGUUGGCAAGGAAGGUUGUUGAGGAUCAUGGAGACAGAGACGUGUUGGUUACAUUUGGGAGACCUUUCAUUGCCAAUCCAGACCUCAUUUACAGGGUGAAGAAAGGCUUGGAAUUCAAUCACUACGAUCGACCCACCUUCUACACUGCCCAAGAACCCAGAGGCUACAUAGACUAUCCGUUCAGCUCUGAAUAUUCAGCGUCAAUAGAAAGUUCAUAG